UAAUGCACGCCGUUCUUCAUUACAUUUUUUUUUAAUGUAUUUUUUGAGGAAAAGGAAGAUUAGUUAGCCAUGUUUCAGAAUCUCGGCUCAAAUUCGCCUUCAACCUGCAACGGUUUCUCUCUCCGGAUUUUUUAAAGGUAUGGAGUGUUUUGACAUCUGUGAAAGAACAUGGUUCAAUGCCUAGAGGGGAUAAAGCAUUUUUGUGCUACCGUAGCAAACUGUUGUGAUGCAGAUUCAUCUAGGCAAACCAGGGGCCUUGAAGAUCCUGAGGCUCUUGCAAGGGAGACAGUAUUCAGUGUAAGUGAAAUUGAGGCAUUGUAUGAGCUGUUUAAGAAGAUCAGUAGUGCAGUGAUUGAUGAUGGGCUGAUCAAUAAGGAAGAAUUUCAACUGGCAUUGUUCAAAACAAACAAAAAAGAGAGCUUAUUUGCAGAUAGGGUUUUUGACCUGUUUGACACAAAGCACAAUGGAAUACUCGAUUUUGAAGAAUUUGCACGUGCCCUUUCCGUAUUUCACCCAAAUGCCCCUAUUGAUGAUAAAAUCGAGUUUUCAUUCCAAUUAUACGAUCUUAAACAGCAAGGAUUCAUUGAGAGACAGGAGGUGAAGCAGAUGGUUGUGGCUACGCUUGCUGAAUCUGGCAUGAAUCUGUCUGACGAUGUUGUAGAAAGUAUCAUUGACAAGACAUUCGAAGAAGCUGACACAAAACAUGAUGGGAAGAUUGACAAGGAAGAGUGGCGAAGCCUUGUUUUGAGGCAUCCAUCUCUCCUAAAGAACAUGACUCUCCAAUAUCUUAAAGAUAUCACGACCACAUUCCCGAGUUUCGUGUUUCACUCGCAAGUUGAUGAUACGUGAGAGGUCUCUCAUUGUGGAGUUUUUUUAUGGGCAGUAGAGCUGGUACUUGGCAAUAUGGCUGUUUUGACUUGCAAGUUUUGUUUUUAAUUUUAUUGAUAUGAUUGCAGUUGUUUCUUUCUUAUGAUGAUUGAAAAAUGGGGAAUAUUCUGCUCGCAUUUCACUUGAAUCAGAGCUCAGUCGAGUUAAAAUUUGAAGUAUAUAUUGUUUUUAGGUUUUUACAA